GGGCGGCCUGUGUCAGCCUGCCGUGCGAGGCUGAGGCUGCGUCACCGCCCCCGGGGCACUUAUCUCCUGGAUCAGGCCGAGGGGCUUUGCCGCCAGCACAGGGACUGUCCUGCCAUGGGACCCAGCAGAUGCGUCUGGGAAGCCUCGAGUCUUUGUCAGGUCGACUGACCUGAGCCUGGUGGCCUGUUGGUGCAGCUCGGACAGCGGUGCCCAGCCGUGUUCACAGGACACGUUGGACCUUGGAGAGGGCAGCCCUGACGCGCGGGAUGGGCACCUGGCUCCGGGUCUGCUUCUGGGUCGGCCUGGGAGUCUCGGUGCCCAGAGAAGGAGGAGCAGCCUCUGUGGGCUCCCAGUGGUCACUGCUCCCAGGGCCGGGGGCUGGAACUUUCACCUGCCUCACCAACAACAUCCUCAGGAUUGACUGCCACUGGUCGACCCCAGAGCUGGGCCAGGGCCCCAGCCCCUGGCUCCUCUUCACCAGCAACCAAGCGCCGGACAGCAAGCACAGGUGUGUCUUCCGGGGCAGCGCGUGCACCGUGGUCCUGCCGCCCGAGGAGGUCAUUGGGCCUUCCGACAACUUCACCAUCACUCUGCACCGUCACAUCUCUGGGAAGGAGCAGGUCAGCCUGGUGGACCCUCAGUACCUGCCCCGGAGACAUGUGAAGCUGGACCCCCCCUCCGACCUGCAGAGCAAUGUCAGCUCCGACUCCUGUGUCCUGACCUGGGGCGUCAGCCCAGCCUUGGAGCCACUGGCCUCGCUGCUCAGCUAUGAGCUGGCCUUCAAGAGGCAGGAGGAGGCUUGGGAGCGGGCCCGGCACAAGGGUCACAUUGUUGGGGUGACCUGGCUUAUCCUUGAGGCUGCUGAAUUGGACCCCGGUUCCACCUAUGAGGCCAGGCUGCGUGUCCAGAUGGCCAACCUGGAGGAUGCCAUGGCCGAGGAGGAGCGCUACGAGGGCCCCUGGAGCGAGUGGAGCCAGCCCGUGAGCUUCCUGUCUCCCCAGAGACAAGACCUCCUGGUCUCGCCUCUGAGGCAGCCCGACAGCACCUUUGUCGCCAUGUCCAUCUUUCUCCUGCUGACCAGCCUGACCUACCUCCUGUUCAAGCUGUCACCCAGGGUGAAGAGAACCCUUCACCAGAACGUGCCGUCCCCAGAGCCCUUCUUCCAGCCUCUCUACAGCGUGCACCACGGGAACUUCCAGAUCUGGACAGGGACCCACAGAGCCGGCACGCUGCCGAGCCAGGUGGGUGUCGGUGCCGCCCAAGGAGCCUCGGAGUCCAGCGCCCGGGAGGCCAUUGCGUUGCUUACCUACGAGCCGGCGGAUCCCUGGCCGUUUGUGGGCCUGGAGGAGGAGGGCCCUGGCACUGGGCUCCCGGCAGAGGAGUUGCCCGCAGCCCUGGAGUGGGGAGGGCAGCUGCCUGCCUACCUGCCGCAGGAGGAGUGGGUGCUCGCGAGGCCCGCCGGGCCGGCGCCCCCCCAGUCAGAGGGCAGCAGCAGCGACUACUGUGCCCUGGGCUGCUACGGGGGCAGCCGCCCCCCACCUCUCCCAGGAAGCGAGCAGAGUUCUGGGCCCCUCUACGCCUCGGCCUGCGGACUGUCCUGCGACCGGCAGAGCCUGGCUGCCGGGCAAGGAGGUAGCUAUGUGGGAGCUGUUCUCGGUCAGGAUCCAGACCCCGGGGAACAGGCAGCACGAGGACUCUGGGCGUGUCCGUCUCCCAUCCUCGGCACACAGUGGGCGCCGUCCUGAAAGUCCCCGAGCCCCGACUCGGCCAGCGGCAUCGUGUCCACUUUGGGGAAAAUGGACGGAAGUUUCUGGAGCGGACCCUUGGCUGGCACUGGGCGGCCUGCAGAGGGGCCAGACGCCCGUCUGGAUGGAGGCAGGAGGCCCCUCCUCCCUCCUCUCACCUGAGCACCUGUGGGGCGGGGCCUCUGCACCCCGCAUCCUGCCUCUGCUUUCUGGCUCCAUCCCAGGCUCCUCUGAGAAGAGGGCUGUUCUGCCCUCGCCCCUUAAAGGCCAGCCUGGGCCCAGUGGACACAGGUGAGAUGCUGUGACCAGCCGGAGUGUCCUCUUUCUGUGCCUUCCUGAGGCAUCUGAGAUUAAAGGGCGGGUCGUAGCUGUCACAACGCUGCUGGGAGUGGGGGGGGGGGGGCGGCCCAGAGAGGGGCAGGGUGGGGGCCUGGCCACUCCUGGGCUUUCUGGGCUCUUGGAAUAGCACCAGCUCCGGCUGAGGCCAACCCCGCCCCUCCUGCCCUCAUCUAUCACGGGCCCCGGAGGCCGAGAGCUGUGGCCCACGGCGGCUGGAAGUGAGCACCCAGCAGUGGCCGGGCCUGUGCAGGGCCCUGCCCCUAACCCCCGCCUGUGGAGAGAGCAGAGGGCGCCUGCGUCAGCCUCCUGAGCGACAUGACCGAGGGCCACACACUCCGUGGCUUGGAGAACAGACAUUUGUCUCCAGGGGACGCAGGGCCUCGAGGACACAGGGAAGGGCUCUCUCCAGCCACGGGCAGCGCCUCGGCUUGGGCAGCCCGGCUCCGAUCCCCACAGGGGUUUCCUGUGGGUGUGUCUGUCCUAAUCCCCCUUUUUAUAGCAACACAGUCACAGUGGAUUAGGGCUGAUCAGAUGACUGCAUCUUGGGUUGGUCGUCUAAAAAGACCCUAUUUCGGUGGUGA